AUGGUCAAGGCAACUGCUGUCCUCGCGCUUCUUGCGCCCCUCACCCAGGCGCAUUACAUCUUCAACCAGUUGUUGGUCGACAACAAGGCCAUCGGCGGCGACUACGCCUACACCCGUAAGAACACCAACACUUACAUGCCCUCGUUCACUUCGGAGAUCGUCAACAGCCCCGACCUCCGCUGCAACAAGGGAGCCGUCGCUGGUAACACUGCCACCUACACCGUCAAGGCUGGCCAGACUAUCGGCUUCAAGCUCGCGUUCGGCGAGAAGAUCGAGCAUCCGGGCCCCGGAUUUGUCUACAUCGCCAAGGCCCCCGGUGCCGUCAAGAGCUACGACGGCUCCGGCGACUGGGUCAAGGUCAUGGAAUCCGGCCUGAAGAACCCCAGCACCCCUGGCGUCGACACAGCCUGGGACAGCUGGCAGAAGGACCGCCUUGAGUGGAAGAUCCAGAACAGCAUCCCCGCUGGCGAGUACCUCGUCCGCGUGGAGCACAUUGCGAUCCACGAGGGUCACGUCGGCAAGGCGCAGUUCUACAUGGAGUGCUUCCAGCUUAAGAUCGAGUCCAGCGGAACUGGCAAGCUCGGCCCCACCGCUAAGAUUCCUGGCAUCUACAAGGCUACUGACCCCGGUAUUGCCUUCGACAAGUGGACCAACCCCAAGUCUUACACCAUGCCUGGCCCCGCCAAGUACAGCGGCAACUAG